AUGGGGCUUUUAGCCCUGCUCUGCCUCUGGGCCAUCCUGGCAUUGGCGGAUGGCCGGUGGUGCGAGCGGACGGAGAUGGUACAAGUGGAGGAGGUUGUGAGCCCACGGCAGGAGGAUCUUGUGCCCUGUGCCAGCCUCUACCACUACCUCCGGGAGGGCUGGCAGCUAGAUUUAUCCCGGAGCGGGCAUCCGUGGCCUGGCACCUCCUCUGCCCAGGCCCUGGCCCUCUGCCCAAUCUACAAACCCCCAGACACCGGCCGCAGUGUGGAACCGGACGGUGCGAGCCUGCUGCCCGGGCUGGAGCGCCCCCAGUGCACUCUAGGUAAGGACGGCCUAGCGGAUGGCUUCGGCGGCCACUCGGGGAGAUGGGGACAAGGAGGCAGAGCCAGGGGUACGCAGGGGCAUCCCCCACCCUUGCUGUCACGGGGGCUGGUCUUUCUGGCAGGGCCCUCUCCCUCACCCACACUCUUGCAGCCCCUCGGGGGGGCGGUGGGGCAGGUGUGGGGACAGCGCCGGCGCCUCUCGGCCACCUGCACCACCUGGUCCGGCUUCCACUACCGUACCUUCGAUGGGCGCCACUUCCACUUCCUGGGUCGCUGCACCUACCUGCUGGCGGGCGAUGACGAGGCCACCUGGGCCAUCCAGAUCACGCCCCGGGCUCACUGCCCACAUCCCGGGCACUGCCCGCCGGCGGUGCGGGUGCUCCUGGGCCAGGAUGAGGUGCUGGUCAGAGGGCGCGACGUCUCUGUGAAUGGGGUCCCCGUGUCCGAGGGGGAGCCCCUCCUGCAGCAUGGGCUGAGCCUGAGGUGGCAGGAUGCCUGGCUGCUCCUGGCGGGGGGCCUGGGGGUGUCCGUGCGGCUGGACCGGCGGGACUCGGUCUCCCUCACCGUUGACCACGAGUUCCGGGGCCACACCCGAGGCCUCUGCGGCCUCUACAAUGACCAGCCGGAAGAUGACUUCCGGGAACCCGGGGGGACCCAAGCUGUCUUGGCUGCUACAUUCGGCAACUCCUGGAGGCUCCCAGGCUCUGAGCCCGGGUGCCCAGAUGUGGCGGAGGCGGCCCUGGGGUGUGAGGCCCCUGCGGAGGAGCCGAAGAUGGGCCUAGAAGCAGAGGCACGGCGGGCUGAAGCUGAGGGAGCCUGUCACUUGCUGCUAGUGGGGCCCUUCAAGGAUUGCCAUGCCCAGGUGCAGCCCAGCGGGUUCCACGGUGCCUGCCUCUUUGCUUACUGCACAGCGAGUGAGGGGCAGGAAGGGCACCAGGAAGCCGUCUGCGCCACCUUUGCCAGCUAUGCCCGCUACUGUGCCCAGCGCCACGUCUACAUCCACUGGAGGAAGCCCGGCUUCUGUGAGCGCCCUUGCCCGACAGGGAAGGUGUUCUCGGACUGCGUGUCCUCCUGUCCGGCCAGCUGUACGGCCGUGGGUUUGGGAGCCGAGGGGCACUGCCGGGAAGAGUGUGUGAGCGGCUGUGAGUGCCCACCCGGCCUCUACCAGGACGGGGAGAGUUGCGUCUCCGCCGCCCUCUGCCCCUGCUACCAUCGGGGCCAGCGCUAUGGCCCUGGGGAGACUGUGGAUCAGCUGUGCAAUCAAUGUGUGUGCCAGGAGGGCCAUUGGCACUGUACCCAGGAGCUAUGCCCAGCCGAGUGUGCAGUGGGCGGGGAUGGGCACUACCUGACUUUCGACGGGCGUCGCUUCACCUUCCUUGGGGGCACGGGCUGCCGUUACACCCUGGUGCAGGACUACGUGGAGGAGCGGCUGCAGAUCACGGCGGAACACGGGAGCUGUGAGGCAGGAGCCCAUGGAAGUUGUCUCCGGGCCAUCUCGCUCACCAUCGGGGAGACCCACGUCCAGCUCCUCGACUCAGGGGCGGUGCUGGCAGCCGGGCGGGAGGUGUCCGUGCCCUGGGAGGGCCCGCAGGGCAUCAUCCGUCUAUCCCGCGCCUCCUCCGCCUUCCUGCUGCUGCGCGGGCCCGGGGUCCUGAUCCUCUGGUCCGGCCCGGCCGCCACCGCCUACAUCACCCUGGAGCCACGCUAUGCCCGACAGGUGCGGGGUCUGUGCGGCACGCUCACCCGGAGCCAGCAUGACGACUUCCUGACCCCCGAAGGGGACGUGGAGGGCGGCGUGGCCGCCUUCGCCAGCAAGUUCCAACUGGCGGCCGUGGCGAAGGAGGAGGAAGAGGGGGAAGGGGAGUGCCGGCCCGGAGACUCCAUGGCCCUCGAUCCCUGCAGCUCCUACGCGCAGCGCCGACCCUUCGCGGAGGAGGCUUGCGCCGUCCUCCACGGCCCGGCCUUCCAGCUCUGCCAAGGACUGGUGGAACUGGAGUCCUACAAGCAGCGCUGCUUGGCGGCGGUGUGCGGCUGUGUCCCCGGACGCGACUGUCUGUGCCCUGUGCUGGCCGCCUACGCUCGCCACUGUGCCCAGGAGGGCGCCCCCAGCCCCUGGAGGAACCAGACCUUCUGCCCGGUCAUCUGCCCCGGCGGCCAGCUGUACCAGGAGUGCUCCCCUCCCUGUGGCCGGACCUGUGGGGAGCAGUGGGCCCCCGAGAAUGCGAGCUGCAAGGGUGUGGGGGGCUGCGUGGCCGGCUGCAACUGUCCCCCAGGUCUGCUGUGGGACCAUGUGGGCCAGUGCGUGCCCUCUGCCCUCUGCCCCUGCCGGCUGGGAACAAAAACCCACCCCCCGGGCAGCAACGUCCUGCAGGGCUGCAACAGCUGCGUGUGUCAGGAAGGUGCCUGGAACUGCACCACCCACGCCUGCCCCCUCAGCGUGGCAUUCUGCCCUGAGGGCCGGGUCUAACGCCCCGCACCUGCCUGCCUCACCUGCGACAGCCCCAAGACCAACUUCACCUGCCCCACUGGCACCGCUGAUAGCUGCGUCUGUCCCCCGGGCACCGUGCUGCUGGACGAGCACUGCGUGUCUCCGGAGCUGUGCCCUUGCCACCACAGUGGGCGACUCUACCCACCUAAUGCCACCAUCCAGGAGGACUGCAACACCUGCGUGUGCCAGGGUCGGCGGUGGCAAUGCGAGGGACGGCAGUGCCCAGGUCGAUGCCAGGCCUCGGGGGCCCCGCACUACGUGACGUUUGACGGGCUGGCGCUGACCUUUCCCGGAGCCUGCGAGUACCUGCUGGUGCAAGAAUUGGGUGGGCGCUUCUCCGUCUCUGCCCAGAACCUGCCCUGUGGUGCCAGCGGCCUGACCUGCACCAAGGCUCUGACCCUGCAGCUGGGCGGCACCGUGGUGCACGUGCUCAGAGGCCGGACGGUGACGGUGAACGGGGUGAGCGUUCAGCAGCUCCCCGAGACCUACACGGGCCCCGGCAUCAGCCUGCGCCGAGCCGGACUCUCCCUGCUGGUCACCGCCCGCCUCGGCCUCGCCCUGCUCUGGGACGGGGGCACGCGGGUGCAGAUAGAGCUGUCGCCCCACUUUCGGGCCCGCGUGGCGGGACUGUGCGGGGACUUCGACGGGGACGCGGCCAACGACCUGCGGAGCCGGCAGGGCGGGCGGGAGCCCACGGCAGAGCUGGCCGCCCACUCGUGGCGUCUCAGCCCGCUCUGCCCCGAGCCGGGGCCGGGGGACCGGCCCCACCCGUGCACGGUGAACGCCCACCGGGCGGGGUGGGCCCGGGCGCGCUGCGGGGCGCUGCCGCAGCCGCUCUUCGCCCCUUGCCACCCCGCCGUGCCCCCGCAGCAGCACUACGACUGGUGUGUGUACGACGCCUGCGGCUGCGACUCCGGGGGCGACUGUGAGUGUCUGUGCUCUGCCCUUGCCACCUACGCGGAUGAAUGUGCCCGUCAUGGGCACCACCUGCGCUGGCGCAGCCAGGAGCUCUGCCCCCUGCAGUGUGAGGGGGGUCAGCUCUACGAGCCCUGUGGUCCUACCUGCCCUCCAACUUGCCACGACUCCAGCUCUGAGCCCGCUUGGCAAUGCCAGGCUGUGCCCUGUGUGGAAGGCUGCUUCUGUCCAGAGGGCACCCUUCUGCAUGACGGGGAGUGUGUGGAACCCUCCGCCUGCCCCUGCGAGUGGACAGGACGCUCCUUUCCCGCGGGAGCCGUGAUGCAACGGGACUGUGGGAACUGUUCAUGCCAGGCCGGGCAGUGGAGCUGCGGGGAGGCGGAGGCCCCGUGUGGCGAGCUGGCACCAGGCUGUGCGGAGGGGGAGGUCCCGUGCCGGACCGGGGGACACUGUGUGCCGCAGGCCUGGCUCUGUGACCACCAGGAUGACUGCGGCGAUGGCUCGGACGAGGAGGGUUGCGGCCCCCCCCCGGGCUGUGAGGAGGGGCAGCUGGCCUGCGACGGGGGACGCUGCGUGCCCGUCACCCUGCGCUGCGACGGCCGCGAGGACUGCGCGGACGGCGCCGAUGAGCACGGAUGCCCUUGCCCCGCCGGGCACGUCGCCUGUGCCAAUGGGCACUCCCCCCACACGCGGCUCUGCGAUGGGCACCCCGACUGCCCCGACGGUGCCGACGAGGACUCCUGCCUGGGGCCCAUGAGCUGUGCGCCAAAGCAGCUGCCCUGCCUGGAUGGUACCUGCAUUGGCAGAAAGCAGCUGUGCGACGGAGUCUGGGACUGCCCAGAUGGGGCUGAUGAGGGACCCGGGCACUGCCCACCGCCCUCCCCACUCCCCCUGCUGCCUGAUGGCACGCCACCCGGGCCCCUGCCCGGGGACAACGGUCCUGGUGAGGGAAGGUCAAGCAGUCAGUCCAGGACGCCACCCCCACCCGUGCCCUCUGUGCCCCUGCCAGCCCCCUCCUGCAGCCAGUUCGAGUUCCCCUGUGGCAGCGGGGAGUGUGCCCCACGGGGUUGGCGCUGUGACCAGGAGGAGGACUGCCUGGACGGGAGCGACGAGCUGGACUGUGCCCGGCCCUGCCCCCUGCACCACGUGCCCUGUGCCCUCGGGCCCCACUGUGUGCCCUACGGGCAGCUCUGCGAUGGGACCGCCCAGUGCCCGGACCACUCUGACGAAAGCGCCGACAUCUGUGGCGAGACCCCCUCAGAUGGGACCCGCGGACCACACCCCCUGCCCCAGCCCCUCAAGGGCCCCACCCAUAAACCAAGUUCUCUGAAACCCAGGCCCAGACCCUGGUUCUGCCUCCAUUUCUGCCCAGCUCCCCGGGAUCAGAGGGAUGAGAAGACCCUCCCUUUGCCCUCUGAAGGGGAGCAUCCCAGCCUCUUCCUUUCCCGUGCACCGUCCUCCUCUUCCUCCCUCCUCCUUCUCCUUCUCCUCUCCCCCCGCCUCCCCACUCUGAGUGAAGAGGGCGGUGCCCACAGGCUCCAUCCAUCUGCCCCUCUGCCCGGGACUCUUUGCCUGCACGUCCGGUCCCCCCCAUCUGCCUCGGCCCGGGUCGGCUAUGCGAUGGCGCCUCCGACUGCCCGGAAGGCGAGGAUGAGGCCAACUGCGGUACGGCCCGGGCACCCUUCUGCCCGCCGUGGGGGCGUGGAGAGCAGGCCGACUCCAGGGCCGCCCAAUGGGACAGUGGGACCUUGUCCAGAGUACUCUUGCCCUGAUGGCAGUUGUAUUAGCUUUAAGCAGGUGUGUAACGGUCAGCCAGACUGCCCCACGGAGCCCCAGGCCCCGGCAGGGCCCCGGACCGGAGCCGAACUGCCCCCGAGGAGCGUGGCUGCGGGGCUUUGGGGUCCCUGGGGCCCUUGGGGGUCCUGCAGCCACUCCUGCGGGCCAGGGGUCCAGGAGAGGGUCCGGCACUGCAGCCCCCCAGAGCUUCCUGUGCUGUGGCGCUGCCCUGGGGGAGAAAGGCAGGCCCAGGAGUGCUUCAGCGACGCCUGUCCGGUGGACGGCGAGUGGGGCAGCUGGUCCCCCUGGUCCAACUGCUCGGAGCCGUGCCGGGGAGCGGUGUCGAGGCAGCGGGUCUGCAUCCCACCCCGCAAUGGGGGCCGGGCCUGUGCCAGCCUUCCCGGAGGCCCCCACAGCACCCUCCAGACCCGGCCGUGUCCUCAGGAUGGCUGCCCCACUGCCACAUCGUGCCCAGGGGAGCUGGUGCCCUGGCCGUGCGCGCCCUGCCCUCUGACCUGUGCCGCCAGCUCGAGUCAGGCCAAAUGUCCGCCGGACCAACCCUGCAGUGCCGGCUGCUGGUGCCCCAAGGGGCAGGUGCUGGGCAGCGAGGGGCAGUGUGUGCGCCCCCGGGAAUGCCCCUGCCAGGUGGACGGCAGCCGCUACUGGCCGGGCCAGCGGAUCAAGAGCCACUGUCGGAUCUGCACGUGCCAGGAUGGACGGGCCCCGGCGUUGCGCCCUAACCCGGACUGUGCCGUGAACUGCGGGUGGUCUGCGUGGUCGCCGUGGGGCGAGUGCCUGGGCCCGUUGGCGGUUGCAGAGUGUUCAGUGGUCCUUUCGCAGCCCGACAACCCCAGUCCGGCGGGCCAGGGCCGCCAGUGCCGAGGCAUCUACCGCAAGGCCCGCAGGUGCCAGACGGAGUCAUCGAGGAGUGUGAACAGGAGGGUCGUGCUCAAUGGCGUGGGAGAGCGCUGGCGCUGGGGGCAGUGCCAGGUGUGCCAGCUGUCUGGCCAAACCGCACGGUGCAGUGCUCCAGUAUUGCCCCCUGGCAGGGUGCCCCGAGAGGAGAACAGGACCAAGUGUCCCUUGGGUUUCUGGGACCCCUUCUGCCCCGCCUCCAGUAUCCAGCCUAGCCAGUCUCCCCUCGUCACCUACUCGCUGCCUCUGCCUGGAGACCCCUGCUACGCCCCCCUGGGCUUGGCUCGACUCCCCGCCAGCAGCCUGAGCGCCUCCUCACAGCAAGCCGACCACCCCGCCGCAGCCGGGCGCCUGGGUCCCUCUCCGGCGGGGCCCGACCUGCAGGGCUGGAGCCCCCAGGAGGACGUGUACCCCGAGUUGCACGCUCGUCCCCCCUUUCUGCAGAUCGACCUCACUGGUCGGGGCAGUGGGCAGGGCAUUGGGCAGGACACUGAUCAGGACGUGGGGCCGGGCGCCCCCCAGGAUAGGGACAGGCCGGGCCAGGAGAGGUGUUUGCCGGGACUGGGCUUCGAUCUCCUUUGCCGUCCUCCCUUUCUUCCCUCUGGCCCUCUUUCCAAUCCCGCAGGCAUCGUGGUGCAGGGGGCCGGAUCAUCGGAUGCCUACGUCACCAGCUUCUCCCUCCAGUUCAGCGCCGACGGGCUCCACUGGCACGACUAUCCCGAGCGGUUCCCGGGGAAUUGGGAUGAUUCGACGCCGGCAGUGCGGACGUUCGAACGGGCGGUGCCGGCCCGGCACGUCCGGGUUCUACCCCACGACUUCCAGGCAUGCCAUCUUCCUCAGGGUUGGAGCUGCUCGGGCUGUGGGCCAGUGUCCAUCCCAACGGUGCCCCCUUGCCCGGGAGGGAUGGCUCACUGUGCCAGCGGUGCUUGCCUCGUGCCGCCGGCCGUCCUGUGCGAUGGGGUCGACGACUGUGGGGACGGCUCUGAUGAAGAGGGUUGUGGACCCCUGCCCACCGGCACCGUCAGGUAUGGUCUGAGCCCCGCCCCAGGGGACACCUUCCCCCAUGUGCUUUGUGCCCCGGGCCACGUACCCUGUGAGCUGUUGGGCUGCGUGGAGGCUGGGCAGGUGUGUGAUGGGCAGAAGGACUGUCCGGAUGGCUCCGAUGAACUGCACUGUGCGGGUGCCACCCCGUUCCCGGUGCCCACGGCGGCGCUGCCCUCGCACCCCAGCGCCCAGGCCAUCUGCUCCCCCAGCCAGCUGAGCUGCGGCAGCGGGGAGUGCGUCCCCGGCCAGCGGCGCUGCGACCUGCGGCCGGACUGCCUGGACGGCUCCGACGAGGACGGCUGCGUGGACUGCGUGCUGGGCCCGGCCUCCUGGAGCGGCUGCAGCCGCAGCUGCGGGUUAGGGGUCUCCUUCCAGCGCCGGGACCUGCUGCGGGCAGCCCUGCCCGGGGGCACCUGCCGCCAGGGUCACCUCCGGAGCCGGUCCUGCUUCCUGAGGGCCUGCCCAGUGGCCGGAGCCUGGACGCCCUGGGGGCCGUGGGAGGCCUGCAGCGUGCCCUGCGGCGGGGGCCAGCGGAGUCGCCGGCGCGGCUGUGCGGACCCUCCGCCCAAGAACGGGGGGGCCCCCUGCCCCGGAGAGGCCCGCGAGAGCCAGCCCUGCGCCCUGCAGCCCUGCGGGGGAGGCACGGACUGUGGGCCUGGGCAGGUGUAUGUGGGAGCAGACCAGUGCCAGAGGGGCUUGGCGCCCCCGUGCCCACCCUCUUGCCAAGAUCCAGCUGCCCGCAGGAACUGCAGCAGCCCCUGCCUGGAGGGCUGCCGCUGCCCCCCAGGACUUCUCCUCCACAACAUCCAUUGCCUGCCCCCGGCCCAGUGCCCUUGCCAGGCGGGCACCAAGAUGUACCCGCCCGGAGAACCCUUCCUGUUGGACAACUGCAGCCGAUGCGUGUGUGAGGGAGGGUCUCUGCGCUGCGAGGCGGGGGACUGCCCCGUGUCCUGCGGCUGGUCUGCCUGGUCUCCCUGGGGCCCUUGUGACCCCUCCUGUGGAACUGGAUCCCGCGUCAGAUUCAGGUCCCCUUCUAACCCGGCGCCGGCGGCAGGGGGUGAGCCGUGUGCGGGGGAUGGGCAGGAGGUCCAGGCCUGCCACACACGCUGUGGAACAGAGCCCCCGCCGCCACCAGGUUGGACGCCGUGGAGCCCCUGGUCCCCCUGCCCCCGGACCUGCGACCCUCCCCAGGCCCUGCCCUCCUGGCGCCGCCGCUUCCGGCUGUGCCCCGGGCCUGCAGGCCUGGCCUGCCCCGGGGAGCCCGUCCAGGAGGAGGCAUGCAGCCCCUCGGCCUGCCCAGCACCCGGCUCCUGGUCCCCCUGGACCCCGUGGUCCCCGUGUUCUGCUCCUUGCGAUGGAGGGAUCCAGACCCGCAUCCGCAGCUGCCCGGGCCCGGUCCUCCCCAAUGGCUCCGACUGCCUGGGUCCCCACAGCCAGAGCCAGGACUGCCACACUCAGCCCUGCGCAGCCUGGUGCCCGCAAGACAUGGUGUUCCACUCGGAGGAGCAGUGCCGCAAGGAGGGGGGGCCGUGCCCACGGCUGUGCCUGGCCCGGGGUCCGGGGGUGGAGUGCGCUGCCAGGUGCACCUCCGGCUGCGUCUGCCCACCCGGCCUCUUCCUGCACAAUGCCACCUGCGUGCCCCUCAGCCACUGCCCUUGUCUGUUCCAUGGGCAGCUCUACCCACCUGGGGCCAGUGCCCCCCGGGACGCCUGCAACAACUGCACCUGUGUCUCUGGAGAGAUGGUGUGUGACUCGACGCUCUGCCCAGUGCCCUGCGGCUGGAGCCCCUGGACUCCCUGGAGCCCCUGCAGCCGCAGUUGCAACGUGGGCAUGCGUCGACGCUUCCGGUCGGGCACUGCCCCUCCCGCAGCCUUCGGGGGCGCCGAGUGCCAAGGCCCCGGGGUCGAGGUCGAGUUCUGCAGCCUGCAGCCCUGCCGGGGACCGGGCUGGGAAUGGGGUCCGUGGUCCCCCUGCUCUGUGCCCUGCGGCGGCGGCUACAGAAACCGCACCCGGAGAGAUGCCCCCGGCGGACCCAUCGACUUCUCCACCUGCAACCUCCAGCCCUGCGCUGGGUCCGUGCCCGGUGUGUGCCCGGAGGGGAAGCUGUGGCGGGACUGUGCCCGGGGUCCGGCUUCCUGCGCGGAGGUCAGCAGCAACUGGACUAAUGAAACUUGCCUCUCCGGCUGCUUCUGCCCUCCCGAGGCCCUCCUGUUGAAUAACGUAUGUGUGCCCACUCGGGAUUGUCCCUGUGUCCAUGGCGGGCACCUCUAUUCCCCGGGCAGUGCCGUGCUCCGGCCCUGUGAGAACUGCUCCUGUGUCUCCGGCCGCAUCACGAACUGCACCUCCCGGCCCUGUGAAGAGGACCGGGCCGUCUGGUCCCCCUUGACGCCCUGGAGCGAGUGUUCAGCCUCCUGCGGCCCCGCCCGACGGCACCGGCACCGCUUCUGCCCCGGGGGUCCCAGCCCGGUGCCUCCCACCCAGCCUCUGCUGCCCCCCCCCCAGCCUCUGCUGCCCCCCCAGCCCCUGGUGCCCCGUGCAGUUCCCUGCCCGGGGCCGGAGGCCGAGGAGGAGCCCUGUGCCCUGCCGGCCUGUGACCGUGACAGGGGCUGGAGCCCCUGGGGCCCCUGGUUGAGCUGCAGCCGGAGCUGCGGGGGUGGCCUGCGGAGCCGCCGGACCUGCGACCACCCGGCCCCGCGCGGGCUCGGGGAUUACUGCCAGGGGCCCAGUGCCCAGGGGGAAGCCUGCCAACCGCAGCCCUGCCCGGGUACCCGGGGCGCCAUCCCCGGCUCCGAGUUCAGCCCCUGCGGCCCGCCUUGCCGUUCCUGCGAUGACCUCACGCAUUGCGAGCCCCACUGCCAGCCGGGUUGCUACUGCCCACGGGCUGGUCUUGAGCGUGGGCGGACUUCAAGCUGCGUGGAGCCAGCCACCUGCAACCUGCUGGGACUGCUGACCGGGGAGAGGCAUCCUCCGGGCGCCAGGCUGGAACCGGCCGGACGGCUGCAACACUGGCUCCUGGGAGCAAAGAACGGCAGCUGGACGCUGAAGUCGCCUCUCGCAGGGGAAGGGCAUCUGCCGGGAGGGAAAGCUGAACUGCACAACCUGGCCUGCCCCGUGGAUGGCGGCUGGAGCCCCUGGCCGUGGUCCUGCGACGCCUGCGGCGGGGCCUCCCGGACCAGGACGUGCGCCCACCCACCUGCCAGCCCAGGGGGCCGACCCUGCCCCGGUGGGGCAUCGGCAGAGCCGCCCCUGCCAGGACAACACACCCAUUGCCCAGAUUGUGGAGGGGGUCUGGUGGCUCUCCCCUGUGGGCAACCUCUCCCCCGCUCCUGCCAGGACCUGUCUAGGGGCAGCACGUGCCAGCCGGGGCCGCCCGGCUGCCAGUUUUCCUGCGGGUCCCCUGGCCAACUCACUCAAGAUGGGACCUGUGUGCCCGUUGCCCUCUGUCGCUGCCAGUACCAGCCCGGAGCCAUGGGGGUCCCCGAGAACGAGAGUCGCACGGCAGGGGGCAGGUUCAGUUCCUGGGAGAGUGUGGAACCUGGGGAGACCGUGACUGGACCGUGUGACAACUGCACAUGUGUGGCGGGCCUCCUGCAAUGCCACGUGGUGCCCGGGUGCCCAGGGCCUGGCGGCUGGGGCCCGUGGGGCCCGUGGCUGUGCAGUGUCUCCUGCGGGGGCGGGGAGCAGCUGCGCUCCCGGGGUUGUGCCCGCCCCCCGUGCGCCGGCCCUGCCCGCCAGAGUCGCACCUGUCACACACAAGUCUGCAGAGCUGGCUGCCCAGCUGGACGGCUGUACCGGGAGUGCCAGCCGGGCGAGGGCUGCCCCUUCUCCUGUGCCCACAUCACCCAGCAGCUGGGCUGCUUCUCAGAUGGCUGCGAGGAGGGCUGCCACUGCCCGACGGGCACCUUCCAGCAUGGCCCAGCCUGCGUCCAAGAAUGUCCCUGUGUGCUGACUGAAUCUGUACUGCAGGAGCUGGGGUCCCUCAGCCCAGAUGCCGGGAUCCCUCUUCCCUUGGUUGGGGAGAAGGGGCAGCCCUUGGCCCCUGGGGAUGAGCUGGUCCCAGGACACACCCUUCACUAUGGCUGCAGUAACUGCUCCUGUGCCCAUGGACAGGUCACCUGCUCCCGGGCCCACUGUCCCCGGGCCGAGGGCUUCUCCCCCUGGGGCCAGUGGAGUCCCUGCUCCCGCUCCUGCGGGGGGCUGGGAACCCGCACCCGCACCCGGCACUGCGCCCACCCCACCUCUGCCCACGGCGGCGAUGGCGACGGCAGCGAGGACUGCACCGGGCCCCUCCAGGACCUGCAGUUCUGCCUGAGCCCAGACUGCACCGGGGACGCAGGCUCCACUCUGGAGCCAAUAACCGACUCCCCAGAUGGUUGGGGUCCUUGGUCCCCCUGCUCCCGCAGCUGCACAGACCCCGUGCUUCCCGCCCUGCGCAGCCGAAUCCGCUUCUGCUCUGCCAACUGCACCGGGGAGACCAGGCAGGAGCGGCCCUGCAACCUCCCGCUAUGCACUGUGGUGCCCCCUUGCCCGGGCCCGGGCUGUUCCGGGGGGAACUGCUCAUGGACGACCUGGGGGCCGUGGACCCCCUGCUCCCGCAGCUGCGGGGUGGGCCAACAACGGCGCCUCCGGGCCUACCACCCCCCGGGGCCCGGCGGGUACUGGUGCCCGGACAUCCUCACCGCCUACAAGGAGCGCCACUUCUGCAACCUGCGGGCGUGCCCGGUGCCGGGCAGCUGGUCCCGCUGGAGCCCGUGGUCCUGGUGCGACCGGAGCUGCGGCGGGGGCCGCUCGCUGAGGAGCCGCAGCUGCUCCAGCCCCCCGCCCAAGGACGGGGGUGCUCCGUGCCCCGGGGACCACCAUCAUGCCCGUCUCUGCAACCCCACCCCCUGUGAGGAGGGCUGUCCCCCAGGCAUGGAGGUUGUGGACUGUGCCAACCGCUGCCCACGCCGCUGCUCGGAUCUCCAGAAGGGCAUUGUGUGUCAGGACGGGCAGCCCUGCAAACCAGGUUGCCGCUGCCCUGAGGGCUCUCUGGAACAAGAUGGUGUAUGUGUGCCAGUUGGGCACUGUGAGUGCACUGAUGCCCAUGGGCACAGCUGGGCCCCGGGCAGCGAGCAUCAGGAGGGCUGCAACAACUGCACCUGCCAGUCUGGACGACUGACCUGCAGUGCCCAGCCCUGCCCAGCCCCUGCCCACUGCAGCUGGAGCCUCUGGUCCACCUGGGCCUCCUGCAGCAGUUCCUGUGGGCACGAUGGGCAGCAAAGCCGUUUCCGGUCAUCUACGUCCGGCUCGUGGGCCCCAGAGUGUCGGCAGGAGCAGUCCCAGACCCGGCCCUGCCCGCAGCCCCCCUGCCCACCGCUGUGCCCACAGGGGGCUCACCACAGGGUGCUGGGGGACAGCUGGCUUCAGGAUGAGUGUCAGCAAUGCUCCUGCACCCCUGAGGGCAUCUCCUGCCAGGACAUCGACUGCGCAGUGCCCGGGGGCUGGACGCCCUGGUCCCCCUGGUCAGACUGCCCCGUCUCCUGCGGGGGCGGGGAGCAGAUCCGCACCCGGGCCUGCAUCGCCCCAGCCCCUCGCCACGGGGGCGCUCCCUGCCCUGGCCCCGAAACCCAGGCCCAGCCCUGCGGGCACCAGCCCUGCCCAGAGAUGCCCGGGGAGUGUUCCUGGGGGGCCUGGGAGCCCUGCUCCCGUAGCUGUGGCACCGGCCUCGCCGCCCGGCCUGGAUCCUGCCCAUGCCCUUCUCCCGGCCCCGCCGACCCCGCUGACCCAGGAACCCCCUGCAACGGCACCGUGGCCGGCCAGGACACCCGGGCCUGCUUUCUGGGGCCCUGCCAAGAGGAGUGUGUAUGGGGGGGCUGGAGCCCCUGGACGCGCUGCUCGUGUCGGGUACUGGUCCAGCAGCGCUACCGACACCAGAACCCUGCGCCCGGGAUGAGCGGCCCCUGCACCCGCCUGGACGGCCACUUCCGCCCCUGCCCCCCCAGCAACUGCUCCGAGGAGAGUUGUGCUCCCCCGUUUGAGUUCCAGGCCUGCGGCUCCCCUUGCAAUCGGCUCUGUGCCACCCACUGGCGCCAGGGCCUCUGCCAGGACCUGCUCCCGUGCCAGCCUGGCUGCUUCUGCCCACAGGGUCUGCUGGAACAGGCAGGCGGCUGCGUCCCCCCGUCGCAGUGCAACUGCCUCCACCAGCCCCAGGACGGAGUUGGGGAGCCCCAGGCCUGCCCCCCCGGGGGCUCUCUGACUCUGGGCUGCAAAAAAUGUGUGUGCCAGGAGGGAGUGCUGCAGUGCACCAGCGACAGCCGCCACGGUCUCCUGCCCCUGAGCGGCUGGUCCGAAUGGUCUCCCUGCGGGCCCUGCCUGCCCCUCUCCGCUCUGGGCCCUUCGUCUCAGGCGGCGGCCCUGGCCCUGCGGAGCCUCCGGCCCACGGAGGGAACCGUGCCUGGUGCCCUGCGAGCACCCCCAACCCCACUGGCCUCCGAGCAGCACCGGUACUGCCUCUGCCUGGACCCAGAGACUGGCCUGCCCUGGGGCGGUCCCCCCGACCUUUGUGCCACCCCCCUCAGCCAGCAGCGUCUCUGCCCUGACCCUCUCGCCUGCCAGGACCUGUGCCAGUGGGGCACCUGGUCGCCCUGGGGCCCUUGUCGAGCGCCCUGUGGUGGUGGAUUCCGGCUGCGCUGGGGAGAAGCGGGGGGCCGGGCAGCAGGGCACUGCCAGGGGGCCUGGGCCCAGACCCAGAGCUGUAACGUGGCCCCUUGCCCAGGGGAGAGCUGUGAGGCUCGGGGCACGGUGCCCGCUGCGGACUGUGCCAACCGGUGCCCUCGCAGCUGCGCCGACCUCUGGCCCCGAGUGCAGUGCCUGCAGGGUCCCUGCCGCCCAGGUUGCCGCUGCCCCCCAGGACAGCUCCUGCAAGACGGACAGUGUGUGCCCAUCUCUUCCUGCCGCUGCGGCCUUCCCGGCCCCAACGCCAGCCACGAGCUGCUCCCGGGGGAGACCUUGAAGUUGCACUGCCACAACUGCACCUGUGCCAACGGGUCCCUGGCGUGCCCGCCCCACGGGUGCCCGGUCUUCGGCCCGUGGUCCAGCUGGAGCGACUGUUCGUCCUCUUGCGGGGGAGGGACGGCAGAGAGGCACCGGGAUUGCCUGGAGGGCACCCAGGGGGCACCGUGCCAGCCCGGGGACCUACAGCAGCUACAGACCUGCAAUCCCCAGCCCUGCCCAGGUGAGUGUGAGCCCUGCGUCUGGGGGCCGUGGACGCCCUGGUCCAGCUGCUCUGUGAGCUGUGGCGAGGGCAUCCUCACUGCCCACCGGAGCACUGUGCCCCUCGGCCCCGUCCCGGGCACCGAGUGCAGGGGCCCCGCCCAGCGCCAGCAGCCAUGCCAGCUUCCUGACUGUGGCUGCCCUCCAGGGGAGCGCUGGCAGCGGGCAGGGCCCGGGGAGCCCAUCCCGUGUGAACGGACUUGCCCAGAGGUGUAUGCAGAAAAACCUCCACAAGGAAACUGCAGCCUGAGACAGAUCCCGGGCUGUGUGUGCCAGGCCGGGCACUACCGAAGCCUGGGGGGCUCGGGGGCUUGUGUCACCGCUGCCCACUGCGAGUGCCAACAUCUUGGGCUUUUCUACGCGCCGGGCUCCGAGUGGCAGGAUGCCUGCGAGACCUGUCGCUGCCUCAACGGGAGGAGCCUCUGUAGUCGGGACUGCUCUUCCCUCACCUGUGCCCAGGGAGAAGUUAAAGUAUGGGAGCCUGGGAACUGCUGUCCUGUGUGUCGCCAGGAGGUUCAGGAAGAGCCGUCAUCCUCCUGCCGGCAUCUCACCGAGCUGCGCAAUAUCACCAAGGGCAGCUGCCACCUGGAAGGGGUGGAGGUGAGCUACUGCAGCGGGCACUGCCCAUCUCGCACUAACGUCAUCCCGGAGGAGCCGUACCUGCAGAGCGAGUGCGGCUGCUGCAGCUAUCAACUGGACCCCGACAGCCCCGUGCGCAUCCUGAGCCUGCGAUGCCCAGAGGGUGACCUCGAGCCCGUCGUGCUGCCCAUCAUCCACAGUUGCCAGUGCAGCUCCUGCCAGGGAGGAGACUUCUCCAAACGCUAAGCCCUGUCGCCCCCUGUUCCCCACCCCGGGAUCCCCCGCCAUCACCACCCAGGAGGCUGAGGGGGGCGGGUGUCAAGGGAAUGUGCUGAACGUUGGGUUCAGCGGUUCGUUCCUCAAUAAA